AUGGGUAUCAGCAAUCCAAUUCCAAGGAGUUUAAAGAGCGAGUCACGAAAAGCAGCAAAGACGUUGGCGUCGUUUAUCAAGCCCAAUCAGAUCGCCGGGCCUGACCAAAUUAUCCCCCCUCGGAUCUUGAAGAAUGCCAAAGGGUUAGCCGUCAUCACUGUUUUGAAGGCAGGAUUUCUUUUCUCAGGUAGAGCAGGAUCGGGCGUUAUUGUUGCACGUUUACCCGAUGGCUCCUGGUCGCCACCGUCUGCAAUUGUUACUGCAGGUGCUGGGGCGGGAGGUAUGAUUGGUGCUGAAUUGACUGAUUUUGUGUUUGUUUUAAACACAAAAGCUGCUGUUGACACAUUUGCGCAAUUGGGUUCAGUCACCUUGGGUACGAAUGUUUCAGUUGCAGCUGGGCCUUUAGGAAGAAGUGCAGAAGCAGCAGGAACAGCAUCAUUGAGUUCAGUUUCUGCCGUUUUCGCAUAUUCCAAGACAAAAGGUUUGUAUGCUGGUAUCUCAUUGGAAGGAUCGGUAUUAAUGGAGAGAAGAGAAGCCAAUAGAAAGUUUUAUGGAAACAAUUGUAAGGCAAGAAAUAUUUUAGCGGGACAAGUUGACACACCACCGGCAUGUGACUCACUUAUGAGAGUGUUGAAUUCAAGAGUGUUCAGUAAUAGAUUGGACUAUGAUGAGGAGGACUUUUAUGACGAUGACUACUACGAUGACAUUCCUGAUGAAUUUUCCGACACUACAUCUGAGUACUCGGAACGCCGUCGUGGAAGUUUAGUUGGAGCACGAGGACCAGGAGGAGGAUCAAGAAGAAGAAGGAGAUACUCGGAUGAAUACUCAGACGAUGAUUAUUACUCGGAUGAGGACGAUCACGGUCGCGGACACAGUAACGGGCGAAGAGAACGGAGAUAUGACGACUACGAUCAUGGAAGAAGGGACAAGAACUAUGAUGAUUACGAUGGUGGAAGAAGAGGUGGGAGGUCACGUACAAACACUGCCUCGAGUGUGGGAGGAAGUGCCGGUUUGUCAUCUGGUGGAAGAACAAGGACACCUUCUACCAGUAAGACUGGCUCUGCGUGGGAAGACGACAUAUAUGAUUCAGGCUACAAUGGUAAAACGAGAUCGAGGGGUAAUAGUGAUGUCGAUAGACUAAAUGCUCGCUUGGGAAAUACCAGACUAUCACCAAAUAGAACAAAUGGAGAAGCCCCAUCAAGACCGCUGACUCUUUCCAAGCCCAAUUUUGGUGGUGCACCGAAAACAAAUUCAAACCAAGCUAUUGCUCUAUAUUCAUUCAAAGGAGAACAAAGCGGUGAUUUGCCAUUCAAGAAGGGAGAUGUUAUCGACAUAUUGAAAAAGACUGAUACCGUUGAUGAUUGGUGGACGGGUAGAAAUAAUGGAGUAACUGGUAUUUUCCCUGCAAACUAUGUUGAGCUUAUUUAG